AAAAAAACUUGUUUUAACUGAAGAAUCAUAUUUCAAUGUCUUUAAAUUUAUUACAACUGAUGAAAAUUUGGCUGUCACUAAUUUAUGCAACUUUGACAGAAGUAAAACUCAAUCUUCAAACACCACGACUCGUUAACUUACUAAAUAUAUUAAGAUAAAUCAAUAUUUCACAAGAUAAAUUACGUAUUUAUAUAACAAAUGCAUUAUAUUUUACUAGAAAAUCGUUAUUGUGUUUCAGAGGGGCAUCUUGCAAUAAAUGAUAGAAGAAUAGUGUAAAUGCAAGAAUAUGGAUAUCAUCCCCAAGCCAUUACGAAAAUACUCGAUACCUAAUAUGCUGCAAGUAAAUUUGAUUACGUUUUAUUCUAUCUGGAAAAAUAUCACAAACUUGCCAAUAACAGUGACGUUGCAAACAUCGGAUUCUUCAGCCAAAUAUUCCAAAAAUUUGUAAAUUUUAAACAAAAGAAAAAAAGGAAAACGAAGUUAAGCAAAUAAGAAAUGGAAAGAAUACAUAAAUUAUGGUUAUGCUGGCAACGAACAGAAUAUUAUGUUACAAAAAAAAGCAAAUGAAAAAAAUUUGUUUUCGACAAGCUUGGAAUGACCUAAAUCAGUUUUACUAAUUUAAUAGAAUAUUCCGAAGCUGAAUAAAAUGUCUUUUGCAUAUAAACCCAAAACCCAUAAAAAAGCAUAAUACUAUCCAAUCUAUUCCAGAACAAAGAGCAUUAAAGAAGGUCAAGGUUAAAAAAAACGAUAGUACUUAAUAUAAUCAAGCUAUCUACACAACAGUUAACAAACACUUUGUAUUCUAGAGACAUUAUGGUCUCUAUGGAAAAAAAGAACAAAAAAGGAUAUGGUAUAUCUUGACUUGCAGGCAAGAACGACAAAAAAAAAAUAAUUGCAAUCAAAGAAAAUGUUUUCACUGUUGGAAAACAAACUGAAGUUAAAUUAUUACUGGUAACUUUGAAAUACAAAAGUAGAGCACAUAUUCUUCGUUGCUAAAUUGCAGGAACAAAGGAGGAGUGUGGUCGGUUUUAAAACAUCGAAUGGUGGCGCCCAGUUGCUAGUCGCGGGUGGGUGGGGGACAGCCAGGAGGGGCGAUCGUGCGCUUCUCAUAUUAAAGCGGCACAGAUUGUCUUGCGUCAACUCAGAACAGCAAUCUCUUAUUUCUCUACCUGUCAGACGCAAUGAUCAUCACUUAGUCAACGAUGGCGACCUCAGACUUUUCAUAUCAAGCCAAAAUGCAUAUACAGCCAUGAACUGAUCUUAAAAAAAACAAAACAAACAAAACAAAACAAAAAAACUGUUCUACAUCUGCCUUUUGUCAAUUUUUUCCCUUCGCAGGUUCGACAAGAAAGUGAAGAACAUUUGGUAUCGAAAUCCAUUGGAAAAGCAACAAAAAAUAUAAACAAAGGAAAAAAAAAGAAGUUCCCUUUAACUCAACAUGGCCUACAGCAGCCUGAGUCGAGCCCAGCUGAGUUUUGAAUAUCUACAUACCAAUUCAACAACUCAUGAAUUCCUGUUUGGUGCUUUGGCUGAACUGGUGGACAAUUCAAGAGAUGCCUCUGCCACAAAAAUGAACAUCUAUACAUUGGAAGAUGAAAGUCUUCGAGGUGGCUUUAUGAUGUGUUUUCUUGAUGAUGGCGAAGGCAUGGAUCCAAAUGAAACUGCUGAUAUUAUAACAUUUGGCAAAUCUUCCAAGAAGUCAGCAGAUUCCCAACAGAUUGGAAUGUAUGGCAAUGGCUUGAAAUCAGGCUCAAUGCGUAUUGGGAAUGACAUGAUUAUUUUUACAAAAAAGGGAACCACUAUGUCAUGUUUAUUUCUAUCCCGAACAUUCCACGAAGAAGAAGGUAUAGAUGAGGUUGUAGUGCCAAUUCCUUCUUUUGAUACUAAAUCCCAAAGCCCUCUUGCUAAGAAUGUUCGAGCAUUGGAAAAACAUGACUUAGAGAUGAGUUUAAUCUUGAAGUAUUCCCCAUUUAAAAAUCUUGAAGAUUUCUAUGCUCAGUUUGACAAAAUUAAUUCUUCCACUGGAACCCUUGUGAUAAUUUACAAUUUAAAAUUGUUGGAUAAUGGUGAACCUGAAUUGGAUAUUGUCUCAGACACAACAGAUAUUAUUCUCAAUAAUCCACUCUCUGGAGAAUUUGACUCUGAUGAAGGUUUAAUGCCUGAGAGGAAGUCAUUCCGCGCUUACACAGCAGUCCUGUAUAUGGAUCCAAGAAUGAAAAUAUAUAUCCAAAAUAAGAAAGUCCGUACCAAACGUUUAGCUUGCUGUCUCUAUAAACAACGCAUGUACAGAUAUUCGUCCAACAGAUUCCGAACGCGUUCUGAACAAGAUGCUAACAGAGCUGAUGAAGAUGCCAAAAUUGCUGCUGAGAAAUCUCGAGAAGCAGAGAGCAAAGCAAAAAACUUGGAGAAAAAAUGUGGUACCUCUUUUAAUAAAGAUCUGAGAGCAGAUUUGCGGAAAGCACAGACUUUUGCAUUAGAAUGUCGUAAAGAGUCUCAAAUACGCAAAAUGGUGGCUGACCGGAAAAUGAAAGCACUCAAAGAACCAAAGAACCUCAGUUUUAUAUAUGGUGUAAAUAUUGACAAUCGUAACCAGGAUGGAAUAUUUGUAUAUAAUUGUAGCCGAUUGAUUCGGAUGUAUGAAAAGGUUGGACCGCAGUUGGAAGGUGGGGUCUGUUGCAGUGGGAUUGUGGGUGUUGUUGAUGUUCCUUAUUUGGUGUUGGAGCCGACCCAUAACAAGCAAGACUUUGCUGAUGCCAAAGAAUUCCGAUAUUUAAUGAAAGCUAUGGGCGAACACAUGGAACAGUAUUGGAAUGAUCUGAAUAUACAUCAAACUGGAAUUACAAGCUUUUGGUCUAAUUUUGGUUAUAUCAGCUCAAAAUGGAAAGAUCAACCAUCUUCAGAUGCCAAAUAUGCCAGAAGACGAGCGAUGCAAGUUAGUUUUACUCUUCAGUGUGAUGCUUGCCUGAAGUGGCGAACACUUCCCUAUUCAGCUAAUAAUGUUGGUCGUGAAUUCCCUGAUGACUGGGUGUGUAGUAUGAACCCUGAUCUUUCACACAACAAAUGCUCAGCUGCAGAACAGAAAAUGAACAUAGUUGAAGGUUAUCUCAAAAAAGAAAUGAAAUCAAAAGCACAGAAACAGAAAGAGUUAGAAGAAGAUAUUAAAAAAAAGACAGCAAAACUUCUAAAAUUACAGAGCACAAAAGUAGUGGAAUCAUCAAAUCAGUUAAGAUUGGAAGAGGAAAGGAGACAAAGAGAAGAAGAAAUAGAAAAGAAAAAGGAAGAGCGAGAGAGGUUGAAAAAAUUAGAAGAGAAACGCAAGGCUGAAGAAGAGCAGAAAAAAGAAGAAAUUCGGAAAAAAAAGAGUAGUGAAGCGGCUCGUGGCAGUAAAUCAAAGACCGUGGCAGAUAAAGUCCAAGAUGGUUCCACAGUGUUUGUUAGUUCUUACCGAGCAAGGGAACAAGCUCUGCAACCUCCCAAACGAUCAAUGGCACGUACUGCAGCACAGGUCUAUGCUGAGCGUCGAGCUGCUGCUAUCGAAGAAGCCAAAAGUAAGAAGUCUUCCACUGCAAAUAAUCGCCGACCAAAAGUACCGACUAAAAAGACAAAGAAAAAACCAAAGUCCAAGCGCAGAUCAGCUUGGAAUGAUGAAGAUGAUGAUGAUGAAGAUGACUCUGACUUUAAUGACGAUGAAGAAGAAGUGGUUGUGCCAACCAAGAAAUCUCGGCGACAAGCCAAAUUGGAAGAAGAAAACCGUAGAGACGUAGUAGAGGAAAAGAAACAAGUCAGCAGCAGCUUUAAGGCAAAAGAGAAACGACCCAUAAUUACAGUGGUCACUGAAGAAGCUGAUGAUGAUGAAGAAGACAGCAGCAAUAAUGUAGAUAUGGACUCUGACUGGGAGGAAGAAAAUGGUAAAAGUAGUAGUGAAGGAAGUGUCAAGUCAGCUGUGAAAAAGGAGAAGGGGAAGGAGAAAGAGGAGAGCAAAGUUGAUGAGGGCACGGGCGAUGAUGAUGAUGAGCAAGAUUUAGAUAGUGGAAAAGACUCUAAUCAAUGGUCAGAAGUAAAUUCUAGUGCUGACUCUACGAAACCAGUCUCUGAGGUCAAAGACAAUAUUGUACUCAAAAAAGAAGUUGAUACAAGCAGUUCACCUUCAGACAGUAACAUGGUAUUAUCCAUGGAAUCGGAAAUGGAUUUCCCUACAAAUGGCCAAGCGAUCUCAUCAGACUAUAUCAAACGAAAUUCUGAAAAACCUGAGUUUGCUGCAGCUGAACCCAGUACAGAUGAACCUGACAUGUCUGAUGCAGUACCUAUGGAAGUAAACACCCAAGUUGAAGCACUUGUCAAUGGCCGAUGGUUUUCUGGAACUGUGAUUAAAAUCAACUCUUCAGAUGGCAAAUUAAAAAUAAAGUUUGAUACUUAUCCAAGGGACAAAUAUGAUAAAUGGUAUGAUCAAAAUGGACCUGAUAUACGGAAGCGUUCAAAUUCUACAAAGGAAUGUGUAUUUACGGCACCAGCUUCACCAGUCUCUCCAGCCUCAUUACCAUCAUCACAGGAUGCAGUUAUAGAAACUCCAUCCUCUUCAACACAGCCUGUCAGUCAAAUCACCGAUGAAAUUGCAAGUGGCUAUAGAACAUGUCUGCGCUAUUUCCUCCCACCCAACUGGAAGAUUGACAAAGAUUCUGUAUCCAAUAUGUCCCUCUCAGAAUUAGCAGCGUUUCCGUUGGAUGACUUCUUCGACCAUUACGAAAAAGGUUUACGUAAGUUGGUGGGAAAGUUUCAAACUGAAGCAGCUGUUAAAAGUGAAGAGGCCGACACAUAUAAAGCGAAGAUGUCCUCACUUCGUAAAUUGAUACUUCGACUGCUGAAGAGGAUAAAUACAAACAUUGAGAUUGAUGUCAACACAGAUAGUGAUCAAGUUGAUACAAUGUUAGAAGAAUAUGUUAACCAAACCAUACAGAGAGGUUUUUAAAAGCCUCACACAUCCACUCCCCCAUUUCAAAACAAUGACUUUGCCUCAUUUGUUGCAAUGUUGUGACAUGAAGUAUAUUUCAGUUUUCUGACUGAUUUACCACCACACAUCUAUCAUGUUAUGGACUACUGACUCACAGCCACACAUAUCUAUUGUGUUAUGGUUGACUGAUCUACAACCACACGCCUGUCAAGUUCUAUUGACUCACAGCUACAUAUCUGCCACACUCUAUUGCCUCACAACUACACAUCUAUCAUGUUAUCAUCUACUGACUCAGAACCAUCCACUCAUCCAUAUUAUGGCCUACUGACUUGGGAUCACCCACACACCCAUUCAUAUUAUGGUCUACUGAUUUACAAUCACAUCACAUCCAACAUGUUAUGGGUUGCUGGUUCACAACCACAUUAUAUAAUACUGUGACUGACACACAACCAUACAUCCAUCAUAUUUUGAUCUACAACCUGUCUCACAACCAUACCUGUAACAUGUCUUUUACUCCAUCAACCAUUCAGUUAACUCACAACCUUUUACCCAUCAUAUUUUGAUGAAUUGACUGUCUCACAAUCAUACACAUACACACAUAUCCAUUGUGUUUUGGUUACACUUGACUGAUUCACAACUGAAUAUCUCCACCACCACCACCACCACCACCACCACCACCGCCACCAUCCUGCUUUAGUUCACUGACUGACUCAUACACCAAACCAAUCUCCAUUUUAGUUUGUCUGUUGUUGUAUAUUGGAUUUAGUUCAUUGCAUCAAAUUUUCAUUUCUGUACAGACAAAAAUAAUAAAUAAAAGGCUAUACCAAAUACUUCAGAUAAAUAUCUCAUGUCCUCUACCCAUCAGAGGGAGAUGCCUCAUCCACCAAAUUUAAUUCACAUCACUAGGCUCCUCAUCAACUUCUCCACACACACACACACACACACACACACACACGCAUGCAUGCACACAUUAUUAUUGUAAACAGUUAUACUCUUUCUUUGAACAAAUGUUGAAAAAGAAGAAAAUACAUGGAGUUAUAUUUUCUUUCUUUCAUGUUCAUUUCAAUUGUUCCAUUUAUUUUUCCACAAAACAAGAAGAAAAAAAAAGCUUAAAACAAAAUAAAACAAAAAUGAAAGAACAGAUCAAUGUUAGAAGUAAUAUGUUCUCUUUUUUUUUUUAAGUAGAAAUGAAUUACUUUUAAAUAUUUUGAUUUUGCUUUAUUUGGUUAUUUUGAGUUCUUAAAAAAAAAACAAUUUGUUUCAGUUAUGAUUACAACAUAUCGCAAAUGUUAUGAUUACAACAUAUUGCAAAUGUUAAGCAGACCAUGACGUGCUUAGGUUGUUCAGCAGACUAUAAACAUGGUUAGCUUCUUACUCUGCCAUAUCUUUACUCUUUAACCCUCUAGCAUUUAAACAGGUCAUAUUCAGCCAAAAUGAUCUACAGUUUUUUUAAUGUUCAAACUGGCCAGAUUCAGCCUCUCACACCUACUCUUCAAUGUCAUUCACACAAAACAGUGUGAAUAAAUAAGCACUACAUUUGACAGCCAUGCCUGAAUCUAUCUUUCUUCUUUAAUGUAAAUUUAAGUUGCUUGAUAGAUUGCAAUAUGUUAUGGUUUCCAUUAAGCUGUGUCAAUUUUUUAAGCUAUUCAAAUUAAUCAAACAUAAAUGAAACAAUCUGGUUGAAGAUAUAUAUAUAUAUUUCUUUUGCUAUCCAUCAGAUUCAUUAGACUGGUUAACACUUUACAUUAUCCAUCAGACCUUAAAACACUUUGGACAUCAAGUAGGCUGUCUAAUAGAUUCUAAACCAGUCAUAGGCUGCCUGCGACUCAUAGGUCUUUGUGAAUGGCACACCUAGGGAAAAAUUACCUUCAAUGUUUUUAGUCAUGCAACCCUGUUUGAUGAAGAACCAUGUCACAUGCGGCCCACUUCUCAUAAAAAAGGUUGCCUAUGCUUACCCUAAACCAUCCAGAUUGCUUAGGAUGUCUGGCAGAUGCUGACAUGUUUAAGCUGUUCAGCUGAUAUAAAUACAAAAUUUGUAUAUCCAUUUGAUUUAACUCUUUAAUACUUGUUUAACCUGUCAAUGAUAUUUUGUCUUUUGAAACUAUCUUAGCAAAAUGAUGCUUCAUUUGAAGGAAUGAGCACAGAUUGUAACCUAAAAGGAUAUAAAAGUCAUGAAACCUUGCUAUUUAUCACCACCCUUGAGAAACUAAUGUUGACAUUUAGAACCUAAGAAGAUAUAGCUGUUCCCUUUCUGUGACAAAACAUUGGUAUCUGGUUGUAUAACUGGAAUUUAUAAACGAUCUUUUGUGUAUGCCUUUGUAGGGCAGUGAGCAGCAGAAUUGGUACAGCAUUGAGCAAAAUACAUUGUUUUCACUUGUGUAUUAAGUUCAAACUCUUGUCCAGGUUGUGUUUCUCAGUCAACUUUUUGAGGUUGAUAGAAAUAAGAAAAGGUUAAGAACUGGAGUUGUAAUCAAUUAUACCCUUGAAUGGUGACCCAGCAUGGGCAAAGCCUAUUGGCUGAAAGCAGUUCAAAUAUAUUGUUUGUUUUGUUUUUAAUAUUCAUUUUUCCAUGCUUGCAUAGAUCAGAUGGAAUUUGUUGAGCCAGGUUUUCUACAGGUAGAUGCCCUUCCUGUCACCAACCCAUACCUGUUUUCAAAUAAAGUAAUAUUUCCCUAUGGCAAGACAUGUUUUCCAUGGAAGACUGGAAGUGAAACAACAUGUACGAUGGUGAUGGCCAUGUACAAUGAUUGUGUGAUGUAAAGACGAGUAUCCUCCCACUUACAUAAUGCAUAUCUCAAGCUUCUUUCAGUUUCUGUCUACCGAACCCACUUACAAGGCUUUGGUUGAUUUGGGGCUAUAGUGGAUGACACUUGUCGAAGGUGCCAUGCAGUGGAACUGAACCCCAGCAAUUACAUGGCUGGGAAGCAAGCAUCUUAACCGCACAUCCACACCUGCACUUAUAAAGCUAAGUGUGGUGUCUUAUGUGGAAAGCAUUGAAUUGGAUCUGUCACUCAGCCAUAACUAUUGCGCUUAUUUUGCACAUACCUUUGAGAAACUAUGAAUGUUACAGAUAGUUUUGUUGCUCAUGAAGUUCGAGCUGACUACCUGUUAAUCGGCAUGUGUGUGAGAGACAUAAACAUCCUUUUGCAUACUAAUAUAUGUUUACGUACCUUCUAUGUUCUACGUGCCAUUGUUACUAAAUGUCAGGAUGUCACAUAAAAGAAUUGUAUAUAUGAAAAACCACAUACACUGAGUUAUGCGAUUGCAAUGAUUCAAAUAUUCAACGAGCAGUUUUAGUGUAUCUUUUCUGGUAACUUCCAACUUAAUAAGGAACAUGGAUAAUAAAAUUAUGGUAACAAUUAAUCAACUAUUUCUUAUUACAAUAGAAGUUGUCUGUGGUUAAUCGGUUGAAAUCGAUACACUCACACGCUCUCUUCCUCUCUCAUACUUCCCUCUCCCACUGUAUAUAGGCAUAUGUGACAACUGCUGAAGAAUUGAAUAAAAUUGUCCUGAACAAA